CUGUUGGACGAGAAGGACCCAGCCAAGGAGAAGAACCUGCUGCCCAUCAGCCACGUGUGUACAGAGGAGGGAGAGAGGCCUAUGGUACUACUGCCCUAUAUGAACUGGGGUAACCUCAAACUGUUCCUGAGACAGUGCAAGCUGGCCGAGGCCAACAACCCACAGGCCAUCUCCCAGCAGGACUUAGUCCACAUGGCGAUCCAGAUCGCAUGCGGGAUGAGCUACCUGGCCAGAAGAGAGGUCAUCCACAAAGACCUGGCCUCCAGGAACUGUGUUAUUGACAACAGCAUGCAGGUGAAGAUCUGUGACAACGCGCUGUCCAGAGACCUGUUCCCCAUGGACUACCACUGUCUGGGAGACAACGAGAACAGGCCGGUCCGCUGGAUGGCCCUGGAGAGCCUGCUCAACCAUGACUUCUCUAGUGCUAGUGAUGUGUGGGCGUUUGGUGUGACCCUGUGGGAGUUGAUGACCUUGGGACAGACCCCCUACGUCGACAUCGACCCCUUCGAGAUGGCAGCCUAUCUGAAGGAUGGAUACAGAAUAGCACAGCCAAUCAACUGUCCCGAUGAACUGUUUGCAGUGAUGGCGUGUUGCUGGGCCCUUGAUCCAGAGGAGAGGCCUAAGUUCCAGCAGCUUGUCCAGUGUCUGACGGAGUUCCAUGCAGCGUUGGGGGCAUACGUGUAAAAUCCACCCCCAGGCUUGUGUUACGGACCAGGCCCGAAGGCCCAGCAGGCCCAGGAGUUACUGAACAGCACUAAUCACCAUGAGGAAUACAUUUACAAACUCUUGUGCCUUAUUAAAAAGAAAGAACAGACUUUCAUCAUCAUGACAAUGUUUUGUAAAGUCUAGAAUUUUUUUUUUUUGUAUGUAUGUAGUUGAAACACAUUUCCGUUGUGUAGUCGAAGUGGAAAUAAUUGGUAUUUCUGGGAUUUGUGGAGGCUUCAAGCUGUUCUCUCAGCCAAGUACCAAGGAUUCUCUUUCUGAGGUCGUCAUAUUUCCCAGCAUGCAUCACAAGCUUCCAGAAUAGACCUAUACCCUCUCUAUGAAAGAAAACCCACAAGGACGUCACUGCACACAUCCACUCUUUUGGUAAAAAUGUGCCGACAAGCCACGGCCGCCAUUUUCCUAACGACUACGCUCCGAGGACCUGUUUUUAAAGACACACCAUGCUAAUAUGUUGUGUUCUACCGUUUUUUUUUUUUGUGUGUGUGUGUUUUUAGAGAAUUAGAGAUGUUCAUUUUGUGGUUGUAGAUCUAUUUUUCAGUGAGAGGAUGACAACACAGCAGAUUAAGCUUUAAUGUACAGGACAGUGGUAGGGUACCAAAGUAGACACAGGGUCUGCUUCUCAAAUUGCACCCUAGUCCCUACAUUGGCCCCCUACAUAGACCUCUGGUCUAAAGUGGUGCACUAUAUAGGGAAUCGGGUGCCAUUUUGGGACUUGGAUAAAGGUUUGUCUGUGUAUUAUAGAGAUGUUUGUUUCUCUCCGUCGUGGUGUGGUAAACUCACGGUAGGUACGGAAGGCUUCCCUGGGGAUCGAACGGGCAAGUCGCCUAAGCAGAUCUACUCUGCUGGACUUGUUGUGGAUAAAUCACGUGCUGUUGGUCUCUCGUCUCGUCUCGUCCUGAUCUCCACUGAAGGACCUACUGAACAUUUGUGUUACACACAUUAGUUUUCAUUUUCCUUUGGGAGACGUGCCAAUGGGAGCGGCUAGCGUAGCUGACGAUGCUGUCGUCCCAUCCCAUGAUCUCCUCAGCAUCUGUUCAAGUCAGUAGUGUGGACCUACUACAGGCCUGCGACGGUACCCUACAUACCCUUAAUGGACUUCAGAGAUGUAUGCUAUAAUGGAUCGGUGUUGUGUCUUCCACCAUCGUUCUCCUUUUUAGAUGUUCACUAUCACGACUAUCAAUUCAAAUCUCACAAAUAUCUGGGGGAACGAAUAUCUAACAAGGUUGUCAUUUAUUAUUAUUAUUAUUCCUUGUUUUUGAUUUCGACGGUUCUGUCAGAACAAAACCCAGGUUGCCAAACACACGCUGUUUUGAGAAUGAGAAAAUACGAAUUUAUACUAGAACACUAAUAAUCACUGUGAAAAUCAGAAUAACUGCCAAUCUGGCAACAUUAUGGCCAAGCUCUGGUCCAAGACGUGACGUGCUGCUUUUUUCACGCUGAGCCCUUUGACCAGAGCAAUAUCACACCAACCUGGCAACAACAUCAUGGCCUAAUCUUUUAUUUUCACAUCUAAAAUCUGUCUGAUUUGUCUUCAAGAUCACUGCAUGUUAAAUUUAAAGGGUGUUCAUUCUGUCAACUGAAAUGCAUACAAAUUAAACGGGACCCUUGAAAAUAAACAGGCUUUUCAUUUUCUUA